AUGACCGAAUUGUUGUCUACCGAAGCUACUUAUUUAGAUCAUUUAAUGAUCAUCAAAAAGGAGUUCAUGAAUCCGCUGCAUUCAGCGGCCAAACAACGACCGCGACCAUUAGUCAGGAUGGAGGAUGUGGAAGUCAUUUUUGCGUUUAUACCCCAAUUAAUUAUUUUAUCCACGGCCUUGUUUUGUCGAUUGCAUGACACCAUUCACUACGCCACCGAACAUAGUGGUCAAGGCAUUGGGCGCGUAUUUUGUGAUCUGGAAGAUCAGUUCGCGGUUUAUAUUUUUUACGCUGUCAAUUUCUCAAAGUUGCAAAAGUGCCUUGCCAAAACCGCCGAUAAUAUUGUGUACCGUCAACUUGUGCAGAAUUCCUUGCGGAAAAAGGAAACCAACCGAAUGGGGUUAUCAGACUACAUGAUUGCCCCCAUUCAACGGAUCACCCGUUACUGUCUCCUGUUGAAAGAUCUGAAGAAACGUACCUCUCCCUCCCACUUGGACUAUCCCUACCUCGACCGAGCUCUCAAAUCACUCAGCGCAUUGGCCUGGGCCAUGAAUGAUAUCCAGUGA